AUGGAUCUCCUCAGCUAUUCCGAAUGGCAGCGACUCGAGAACCACCACCGUGAAUUGGCCUUGAUAGGAAUUGGUUUCUUUGUCCUCGUGACCAUCUUCGGAUGUCUGGUGUACCAGCUUGGCGGUCAAAUGAGCAUCGACAAGCUCACCUCGCAUCCCUACGUUCGCUUCGCGUAUGCCUGUAUGAUCAAGCCUCACGACACAAAAUACGAUGAUGGCCAACAGUCAGCCUUGGAGAGCUUCUAUGCUGCUCAGGCAAACGUCUACGAUGCCACCAGAAAGCGCCUCCUUCGAGGAAGAGAAGACAUGCUGGCAAUUUUGGCAGCAAAGUUACAGGCUCAAAUGGUCGUGAAUAAUUCAACGAGAAAACCUGUCUGGUAUGACAUUGGGGGCGGAACUGGCUACAACAUCGAGGCCAUGGACCAACUGAUCGGCAUUGAAGGCUUCUUCGAGCAUGUCUUCCUCGUUGACUUGUCUACCUCGCUAUGUGAAGUGGCUCGAGAACGUGUCCGUUCGCACGGCUGGAAGAAUGUUACGGUCUUGUGCCAGGACGCCAGGACGAUUGCAUGCACGCCCUCUUCGGCUGACCUGAUCACUAUGAGCUACAGCUUGUCCAUGAUUCCCGACUUCUACAGCGUGGUUGACAUGAUCUCGGGCUAUUUGGCGCCCCACGGAAUCAUUGGUAUUUGCGAUUUCUACGUUCAAAGCGUGGUGGACAUUUCUACCCGCAAUUAUAUUGGUGGAAGCUUCAACCGCCAUGUCAACUGGGUAGGACGGAUGUUCUGGAGGACCUGGUUUGACGCAGACCGUGUGAACCUGGAUGGUGGCCGAAGAGAUUAUGUUGAGUAUCGGUUCGGCACUGUCCUGUCCGCAAGCGAGCGCAACUAUCUUCUGGGUGGAAUUCCGUACUACAUUUUCAUUGGGUGCAGAAGGGACUCUGAUAUGCUGGCUGAGAACAGUCAGGAAGUGCUCGAGAAGCUCGAUGCUGCUUUGACCGAGUCGCCAUACCUCUCGCCCAUGGAGUACCGCAAGCAACAAGCCAUUGAAGCGCAGGAGAACAUCCCGCGGUCCAAAUCCUACGAAUCUGCCAUUGUCAACUUGAGCUCCAACCUCCCUCUCCCAGCAGCUUUUUACCAGCAACACCACUGGAGAAUCUACUACAACGACCUUCUCCAGAAGCAUCAGCAAUUUGCCAACGAGUACAUCUACGCCUUCAACUGGGAGGAUCCUAAGGUGGACCGACAACUCCUCAAGAUCAACCACGACGAUGUCAUCUUAACCAUCACCAGCGCCGGAGACAACAUUCUCGACUACCUACUUGAGAAGCCUAAGCGUAUUCACGCCGUCGAUUUGAACCCGUCACAGAACCAUCUUCUCGAGCUCAAGGUGGCGGCUUUCUCGGCCCUGCCCUACAGCGACGUCUGGCAACUAUUCGGCGAAGGCCAGCACCCUGAUUUUCGCAACCUUCUUCUCCAGAAAUUGAGCCCCCAUAUGUCCAGCCAGGCAUUCCAGUACUGGCUGAACAAAGCCAGCAUCUUCUCAUCACCAGGCGGUCUUUACGAGAGCGGCGGUUCUCGCCACGCGAUCAAGCUCGUCCGGCGGCUGUGCAAGCUAUUUGGGCUAAAUGCCAAGGUACGAACAAUGUGCAAGGUUGAGACUCUAAACGAGCAGCGCGAGCUCUGGCCCUGCAUAAGAAACGUCCUGUUGAGUUGGCCGUUGCACAAGGCGGUGGUGUCGACCGAGUGGUGGGCGUGGAAGGCCGCGGGUGUGCCUCCGGCCCAGCACGCUCUGAUCCUCAACGACUACAGAGAGCGCGUGAAGUCGCCCAAGAUGAGCAAGAAACUCUGCGGCGAAGCCAUUUGGCAAUAUGUGGUCGACACGCUGGACCCGGUGGUGGAGACGACGCAGCUCAGCUGUGACAACUACUUUUACUAUCUCUGCAUGCAGGGCAAAUAUUCGAGGAAAUGCCACCCUCGGUACCUCGACGUCAAAGCUCACUCCACGCUCUCGAAGCCAGAUACUUUUGAUGGCCUGCGCAUUCAUACCGAUGAGUUUAUGGAGGUCAUUGCACGACUCAGCCCUUCAACUCUGACCAUUGCUAUUCUCAUGGAUUCCAUGGACUGGUUCAAUCCCAAGGAGGCUGCCGCGCAGGAACAAAUCGUCGCACUGAACAAGGUGCUCAAGGUCGGUGGCCGGGUACUUUUCCGUUCGGCCGCGACUCGCCCCUGGUAUACUGCCAUUUUCGAGCAGAAUGGGUUCGAAAGCAAGUGUGUCGGAAGAAGAGACUCGGGCAAGUGUAUUGACCGGUAA